AUGCAUGUCCAAUGUAAACCAGUUCCUCUGUCUGCCGCAUUAUCUAGUCAACCACCAGCAGGAGAAUCGUCGGCGACAGCAGGCAUUUCUGGCGAACGCCAAUUUGCACGGAGUAUGGUUCCUCUCUUUCCAUAUUUAUAUAUCUAUCUAGCCAUGUCUAUCUAUCUAUCUAUGCCUAUAUCUCUUCCCAUCUAUCUAUCUAUCUAUCUAUCUAUCUAUCUAUAUGCUUUCAUAUCUAUCUAUCGAUCUAACGAACAAUUUCUAUCUACCUAUCUCUAUCUCAUUAUGCUCUUAUCUAUCUAUCUAUCUAUCUCAUUAUGUUCUCAUCUAUCUCAAUCUGUCCUUGUCCAUCUAUCUCAUUCUUAUGCAUCUAUUUUUCCUAUCUAUCUAUCUCAUUCUGUUCUUAUAUGUCUAUUUAUCUCAUUCUUUUCUUAUCUAUCUAUCUAUCUAUCUGUCUGUCUCUCUAUCUAUCUAUCAAUCUAUCUAUUUAUUUCAGUUUGUUCAUAG